AUGUGCGGGACCUUGUUUGCUAUAAACGGAGGAGUUAGUCGGACACAAAGGAUGAGGUGGGGACAGCAGAGAAAGAAAGGAAGGAAGGAAGAAAGAAAGAAAUUGAUCAGACCUCUGGUGAACAAAAACAAAAGCUUGACAGCUGAAGACGUCAACUGGACUGAUCCCUCGAGAACCAUUUGGGCUUGUCGAGGGCAGUUGUUUGGCAUGCGCCAAAGCCAAUGGCGAGGUGGGGCGUAUGAACCUACCUGCAUAGUUGUUGUCUAUGUGUCGCCUUUUUGGGCUUUGCCAACGCCAUCGGGGUUUGCUUGUUGUCAUGGCACGCGACUCUUUUGUGACGAGGAAAGCAAGAAAAGGUUCUUUUGA